UCGUACAUCUAUCUCGGACCGGCUUUCAAUCAAUUCGCCUGGUCGAGAUAAAUACUGUGGGCACGUUUCGUCUAAUCCGAUUUGCUCAUUUCUUUUACAUUCCGGCUCUCCUCCGAGGUAGGAUUGGAUCACCUCUUGCAGUUGCGUCGACGGUUGGCGGGGAUGGCGAGGCGAUGCUCUCACUGCAGUAACAAUGGACACAAUUCCAGAACUUGUCCAGGCCGCGGAGGUUGUGGUGGAGUGAAGCUUUUCGGUGUGAGGAUUACUGAAGGAGCUGGGGCGAUGAAGAAGAGCGCGAGCAUGGGAAACCUCUCUUGUGGUGAGUCACCACCCGAUCUGGCCAGAGAUCAUGCGGCCGCCGCGUCUGGAUACGCUUCUGAUGAUACAGGGCACGCGUCCUGUUCGUCGAAUUGCCGCAACGAGCGCAAGAAAGGCACCCCAUGGACUGAAGAAGAGCAUCGCAUGUUCUUAUUAGGUCUGCAGAGGUUGGGGAAAGGAGACUGGCGUGGGAUAGCUCGAAAUUUUGUAAUAUCCAGGACACCAACACAGGUCGCUAGCCAUGCCCAAAAGUAUUUUAUUCGCCAAACUAAUGCAACAAGAAGGAAGCGACGUACGAGUUUGUUUGAUAUGGUGCCUGAAAUGCCGUUGGAUCAUGUUAUUACCUUAGAAGACCAGUCUUUGGAUCAUGGUAUUACUCUAGAAGACCAGUCUUUACCUCAUUCCCCGCCAAACCAGUCUGAGACUGCAAACAAUCUGCUUCCCUGUUUCCGCGUCGGUUAUGUUCAGGAACCUCAACUUACUGACUUCUCAUCAAGCAAGCCCUCUCCAGAAACUAAAGAAGAUGUUCUAGUAAAUAACAUAGCUUUACCACUGGUUUCUACAUUCUAUCCCACUCUGGUACCAGUGGCCUUUCCAUUAUGGCCACCAAAUCUCUCGACACCUGUAAUAGAAGAAGAAACAAUGGAAAACCAUGAGGUACUUAGACCUACCCCGGUUAAUCGCAAAGACCUUACCGGUGCUGAUGAGCUUGUCAGCAUUUCUAAACUCAGCAUUGGUGAAGGAGCUUCCAACCGAUUGGAACCGUCAGCCCUGUCGGCCAAACUUCUUGAAACAGCUGCAUCACGGCCAUCCGCCUUCCACAUGAACCCUUCGAUGCUGAGGUCUGGUUUGAGUCAGAAUGGCGGCAAUGUGAUCCAUGCGGUAUGAGAUUAAGGCAAGGAAGGUUGGAUUUUGUUCUUUUAUCUAUAUAUUCUUUUCUACUAUCAUAUAAUAAUCGUAUGGAUGGGUUUGAUUUGCUGUUAUAUUAUUUGUUUUGAUUAGAGUAGGCAAAACACAGUUUCUUACAAGUAUGGCUUCUUUUGGA